UUGUCGUCUGAUGAUUGAAAAACUUUUGAUGCUGUACCUGAGUCAUCACAAUUAUCGAGCUUGCUGCGUCUAUAAUGCCCCCUCCGCUGCAACCAGGCCCAUCCAAGAGAUACCGCCCGCGUGUCCCUUUAGAAAAGCGAAAAAGAGCGGUACGCGCAUGUCUUUCUUGUAGAGGCAGUAAGAAGAAGUGCGUCUUGACCUCGGUGGAUCAAUGCGAAGAGUGCACUCGGUACGGCCUUGCAUGCACCUUUGAGCCAGUUCUCAAGGAUCGUGGCAACCAACCAUGUGAUGGUCCACCGAGACGGUAUAGCUGGUCAGUAUGGGAUACGGUGACAACAGACGUCUCCCGAUGUUUGCAAGAUAGAUUUCCUGACAUCAAGCUCAAUUCUGAACAGCUGUCAAUUGUUUCAAAUCUCUUCAAUGAAGCUGUUUGGAAGAGGAGUCCACUUUUGUUUCUUCAAAACGAUAGUUCUCUUGGACCAUUAUCUAUGGCGCCGGAGCCGGUUUCUCCGCCCAGAGUUGUCGUGGAGCCUGAAGCGAACGACUUGCCAGCGACAGUACAGAAAAUAGAUCAAACGUCUUCGGUAUCCCACUCUAGCUUCCUAGCUGCAGUCUCAGAGACUAUCCCCACGGUCUCUUCAAAAGAUCACUACGAUCGGUUACAUUUCCGCAGCCUUGUUCAGCAAGAGGAUGCAUAUUCUAUCAGCAAUAUACUCGGCCAGCUUCCUCCCCGCGAGGUUUCUGAAGAUCUUGUUGAUUUAUUUUUUACAUUUCUCGAGACUAACUGGUACUACUUCGACAAGAAGAGGUUUCGAGACAUCUUUACCGAACUGUAUGCCGAUAGACCUUCCACGCAGCAACUUCGCUGUGCCAAUGUCUGUCAUGUCCUUCUCGUCUUGGCUUUGGCGAGUACGUUCAAGCAUUUGGUCGAACCAUUCCACUUUACGGAUGCAGACCGAGAUGUUCCAGGUGGCAAGCUCUUUGCAAAUGCUACCAGGCUGAUACCUAGAGUAAUUGCAGAUAACUCUGUCGAGAGCGUGAUAUGCUCCCUCUUGGCAUCUCUAUACCUGCUUUCGACUGACGAUAUUGAGCAUCACCAUAUAUAUCUAGCAUUGGCCCUAAAUCAAGCACUUGGCCUCUCGAUGCACCGCGAAGGGGGGGAUAGCGAGGAAACUCCUCAAGCUCGGGAGGUCAAAGUCCGAGUCUUUUGGACUAUCUACACCAUGGAACGUCUAAUAUCUGGUAUUAUGGGUCUUCCAACAAUGCUACAAGUCAAGGACAUCAGCGUUUCGCUGCCACAGAAGCGACAAGAUCUAGAUGGCGAUGACUGUCAGGCUGUCGAUCGCCUAAUUGCAGUAACUAGGCUGACCAUGGGGAUGGAUGAGAUUGUUAAUGAAGUGCCCAUUGACAAGAGUGAGAGUACAUAUAAAUGGGCCAUAUUUAAAAUGGAAUCUCUCAGGCCGCCAGUUCCAAUUGAUAUCUCCAAGUCCCCAGGACCGUUGUUCCGAGCCGAGGCCCACCUACAGAUACUCUAUCUCCUGAUUUGGGUAAACGUUGGCCGCGGUGCUACAUUACGUCUUGUUCGCCAAACACUUCAGCCUUCAUCUGUCUCAAUGGUUUUAGGAGACCAAGAAGCAUAUCUCAGAUCGCAAAGACUGGUGGAAAAGUGCAGAGAGGCAGCCGCAUUGAUCGUUAACUGGAUUACUCAGUUGCAUCACCGUGCCCUACUCGCCAAGUAUUCGUUCACAGAUUUUCAUACAUGCAGCUCUGCGACUAUUGUACUUUUGUUACACUCUGCCCUUUAUCCCACUUAUGAUUCAUUACCAAUCACACAAGGCAUAAAUGCUCUGAAGUUUAUGGCCGAGGGCAGUAGGUUGGCCAUGAACGCACUGCGACUUAUCGAACGCCUACAGGAGGCUAUUCAGAAGUCUAAUAGUGUUGAGGUCUCGAGCUCUGCCAUGAGCCAAACUUCGCUAUCGGGGAUGGUGGGGGAUCUGGACCUAUCGCAGAUUCAGCCUUUCGGCAGUGCUGGAAAUCUUCCCCUCGCUUCUACCAGUAACUACGAAUCUUCUAUUUUAUUCAACAAUCAAACCUUGUUUACGGAUUUGGAACCAUGGCUGCUAGAGUAUUCCGACCAGGACCUAAUGCUGUUCGGAUUCGAUGGUUUUGGCUCAGUGUUCAAUGCAGAUGAUUCUCAGACAUGAGCUUAAUAAAGGAGAGUGGAUUCGUUGCGUUGGGCAGUGUCUAAUUAAAAGGAUUUCUCUAGCUGUUGAUAGCUCUAGUUAAGAGCCCUGGCAGGCGUUUUCUGCUCAAGUUGAUUUGCUC